CAAGCAUCCGGGUUUAGUAAGAGAAUGGCGCUGCAAUAAAAUUCGCAGCGUCCCUCACAACGAUUAUUUUAAGUCUCACACAUAGAGAAUGAGUUCUGCAUCUUUAUCAUGUUCAAGCAGAUCCCAGUACUUUGCAUCAAGAACAAUAGAAGGAAAAGUACCUAAGCUAAAGUGGAUACCCAUUGCUCCACUUGGACCCAAAGCAGCUUUUCAUGCUGGGGAUGUCAUUAAGGAAACUCUAUAUGUACAUGGAGGGUUAACUGAUUCCUCCUCUGUCAUACCAUCCAACCAAUUUUACAGAUUGGAUCUCAAAACAAACUUGUGGGAAAAAAUCAGAACCAAGGGAAGCCCAGCAUUAAGUCACCAUGCUGCGGUUGUGCUUGAAGAUAGGUAUUUUGUUUUAAUAGGGGGGUGGGAUGGGAAAAAACGAUGUGCAAGCAUCCAUGUUUAUGACACUGUAGAAGAUCACUGGCAGAGAAUGAACCACAGUGGAUUCCCGUCAGGUGCUGGACUGAGUUCUCAUACUGCAUGCGCAUUAGAAAAUGGUGAUAUUGUUGUCAUUGGCAGAGAAGGUAGUCUUCGAUCUCAAAGAAAGCAUGGAAAUAUGUACAUACUGUCAGGGACUGUCACAUCUGGCAGUUUUGUUUACAAGGAGUUCCAUGACAACAUAACUUCCAGGUCAGGGCAUACUUCAGACGUCAUUGGCAACAGUGUUUUUAUUGUGGGAGGAAGAAGUGAUCUUCUACUUGAAAAGGUGGUCGGUUUAAAAAGUACCGCAUCCCCUAAUUGCGAAAUCUUGCAAAAUUUAUUAGCCACAAUUAAUAGUAUCGGAAUGGAACCAAUGGUAAAGUUGCCAUGUGGAAGAAAAAGCCAUGUAUCUGCUUGUGGUGACAGCUGCAUUCUUAUCCAUGGCGGAGAAACAUUUGAUGGAAAAUCUCAUGAACCUGUGGGGGAAAUGUUUUUGAUCUCAUUCAAGCCAACAACUAAAUUCUUUAAGUUGAAUUCCAGCAAAUUACACAGGGCUGGCCACGUUUGUGUCUCUCUGCCAGACAAGGUGAUAUUUCAUGGGGGGAAGAGUGGAAAGUCAACCAUUAACUCCAAUCUUUAUGAGCUGAAAUUGUCUCGUUAAAAUUGGAUAAAAGAAGUUUUAUCUCUCAGUGACAAUUCAUAUGAUGAACCUAUGUCAAAUAAUGAAAAAAUUAUGCAAACACUUGGACUUAUCAGUUAAUGACAAAUUAUAAAAUUACUAAUACUAGUCAAUUGAUGAUUAAUUAUCAAAUAAGUUGGACUAGUCAAUUGAUGACAUAUACCUUGGACUUGCCUAAUAUCUUGGGUUCAGACAAAAAAUUAUGUCAAACUAUGCUAACACUUGCGUCUCCUUAAUCUCAAGUACAAAAUUUACCAAGGUGUUUUUUUAAAUACUCAUAUCUAUUUAGUACUAGUAGAAGAGUGAUGUAAACUAUUAUUUGAUUAAUAUAGUGUCUAAAAAUGUAUUAGAUUUGUUGAUCCAGAGACAGAUAUGUUCAGAUAUCCAUUUUCAGCACGUUUCUUUGAUUUUUGCAUCCUUAAUGGUCUUAAAAAGUUUUAGAAGUUGUAGAAAACAGUAACUGUUAAACUUUCACUUUAAAUUGCUUCUGUCAUAGUAAGCAUUGCUAUAAUGAAAAAUUAUACUGCUAUCAUACUAAAUUUAUACUGCCAGCAAUUUUUAAACAAAGAAAACAUUCACAUUGUAUCACAAACAGCUCUUUUAUUCUAACAAUCAGGAAAGUUCAGAAAAUCUUUCAGCAUGGUUCAGAGUAUAAUUUAAAACACUUUUUUAUGAUUCCAUACAUGUGGUAGGACAUAACAUAAAUUUUUUCAGAGUAUACUUUAUAACACUGUUUUUUGUCUCCAUGCAUUAUUAUUAAUAACAGUAAUUAUGUCAGAUUAAGCAAAUCAAACUGAUUUUUAAUCUUUUUAAUUCAUUAUUUAAAUAUGAGAUUUUUUUUAUACUGCCAAAUAUUGACAACAUUUUACUUUAAAGAUUAGCUUGAUGUAAAAAAAAAAUUGUUUUAUUUUUCUUGUGAUUUUUUAAAUUUUUAUUUUAACCGAAGCAUAUUGUUUAUCAUGUUUGUUUUCUUUGUAAGCUAAUAUGUGUACAGUGUUGUCAAUGCUUGUUUUGAAGCUAUGUUCAAUAACUCCUUAAAAGUACAGCACACCAAAAUAAUGUACAUGAUUAGGAGACUGCAUGAUGUUAUAGUAUAUUUUAAUAGCACCAUCUUUUUGAAAGUAAGGUAUUUAUGACAUUGCCUAAAGCUUUUUUACUGUUGUUCUGAUACUGGGGUUAAAUUAAAGGAAAUGCCUUUAGUUAAAGACUAAUAUGUCUUAAGAUUUGAUGGAGAAUGAUACCUUUGAAGUUAAACUUUUUUUAACUGAGUCCAGCAAACCAGUUUAUCAAGAUCUCAACAAAAUUAGACUAAACGUUGCCAGAUAAGUUAUGGCAAAUUGUAGCCAGAUAACAUUUGGCACAGAUAAACCCAGAUGGUGAAAGCUGGUCUGAAAAAUGUCAAAAUUAUUGUAUAUGUGUUUACAGAUUUGAAGAGUAUAUACCUUGUGGCAAAUAACUGGUGAAGACUGACCUAUGGGCUUACUAAAUUAAAAUAUAUUCUAUAGGCUGAUAAGUAUUUUUUGGCAAUGAUUGUCUAAUCCUAUACUUAUACUCAGUCGUAACUUGUAAGUAAAUUUGAAGCUAAGUGAUAAAUAAAGUUACAAUUAACAUCAAGUUUUUAUAUUCAUUAAGAUUGGCCCAAUUAGGCCCAGCCAUGUCUUACACAAUUGUUUUAGAUUCAAUGAGUGCCUUAAUGAUAUCAAUCAAUCAUGUGUAUAAUAGUACUAAACCAUAUCUUUUGAUAUUAUUUUCCUUUCAUAAACCAAUGCAUAAAAAUCAGUAUAUUUUCAUUUGAGACUUUUGAUUUAUAAACAUUGUAUAUAUAGUACUGACAUCAAUUAAAAUAGCAUUGUAUAUAUCUUUAAUUCCUAUUUAUAUAUUAACUUUACCAAUUAAAAAAGACAAA